UUGGAAUUUCUUUUGGAUAGUUCAAUUCAGAUUAUUUCAAAAUCUUAUUAUUUGUUUGCUUGUUGCCCAGAAAAACCUUUUGGUUUUGGAUGCUCGUUGCCCCUAGAAAAUGAUCUUGAUUUUGCUAAAGAAUAAGAUUGUACUAUGGAAAAAUAAGUCUUUUUUUUCCAAAGAUUUUUACGAAUACGCUUUUUUGACAUCGAAGUACGUUUUUUUGGAACUGCCAUUCAAAAAGGGAAUUACUUUUUUCUAGUUGUAUGUGAAAGACAUCUAUUGCCACAAAUCAAUCCUUCUUUCUGUUUUUUCUUAGUAUUUAUACUUAGAUACUGAAAGAUACUGAAAGAUACUUAAAUUCUAAAUUCUUCUUUAGUUCAUUUUGUCUAAUGUGGAUAAGACAAGAGUUUUUUAAGAUUUUCUAUUUAAAUCAAUUUCUAUAUCAAAUAUACUCCAUAUAUAAAUAUAUGGUAUGGGGGAUAAGCCCUCAUAUAAGAGGGGGAGAUAAAAAGAAGGUAAAAUUCAAUUCAAAUAGUUAAUUAAGUUCAGAAGGCUAUUCCAUAAUUGAAUUCCAA